GUCUGCAGGACAUGCUCAUAUUUUGUCUACCCAUGUCCUUUUAUUAAAAAUUAUCUAGACAUUUCACAUAGAUGCAGAGAUCACCUGCCAGUUUCACACGUAAGGUUUUAUGACAAAACCACAGGUCAGAAAUCAACAGGACAGAUGAUUUCAAUCUUGUGAAGCAGUGUCGGUCGCGCAAACGUAUCUGUAGGUUAGGGAGGCAUUAACGCUCAGUGUCUGAUAGCUUAAAAGCCUUUGUUUUUUGUGUCCAUCCACAAAAUAUCAAAGGGACAGUAGGUUAUUAUAGACAAAUCUCUUUUGGUUACUCUAAAUUCAUAUCCCUCCAUUUUUUUUGUGAUCGCCUCUAAAUUAUCGCAGCCAUGUGGGAGUUCCGGUCCAUGUCUUUUUGGCGGGCUGUGUUUGCUGAGUUCUAUGGCACAAUGUUCUUUGUAUUCUUUGGGCUGGGAGCAGCUCUGCGCUGGACCACCGGACCACACAAUGUGCUCCAAGUUGCCUUUUGCUUUGGGCUGGCAGCUGCCACACUCAUCCAGUCCAUUGGCCACAUCAGCGGUGGUCACAUCAACCCAGCGGUCACAUUUGCCUACCUGAUCAGCUCCCAGAUGUCCCUUUUUCGUGCUUUCUUCUACAUCUGUGCUCAGUGCUUGGGUGCUCUAGCUGGAGCUGCUGUGCUGUAUGGGGUCACACCAAACAAUAUGAGAGGCAAUCUGGCCCUGAACACGCUUCAGCCAGGCAUCAGUCUGGGAAUGGCCACAACCAUAGAGAUAUUCCUGACUUUGCAACUUGUGAUCUGUGUCUUCGCUGUGACGGAUGAGAGGCGAAACGGGCGACUGGGCUCUGCUGCCCUGUCCAUUGGCUUCUCAGUGCUUGUGGGCCACCUGCUGGGGAUGUAUUACACUGGAGCUGGAAUGAACCCUGCUAGGUCUUUCGCCCCUGCUGUGCUCAUUAGGAAUUUCAUUAACCAUUGGGUGUACUGGGUGGGCCCUAUGAUUGGCGGUGCUUUGGGUGCUCUGCUGUAUGAUUUCUUGCUCUUUCCACGCAUGCGUGGUCUAUCUGAGCGAUUGUCUGUGCUUAAGGGCAAUCGGCCCCCCGAGGCUGAAGCCCAGCAGGAGACCAGAGGGGAACCCAUUGAGCUCAAAACACAAGCCCUAUAAACACUGCCAGGAAACGUUGGAUCCCUUACGCAAAACAUGCAAUCAUUUCACACACCUUAUCUCAACACAUUGUCAACAUACCAACUGCAUCAGCCUUAGGAGGAAACGCACACAUUUCCAAAGGCAAUUAAGACACUAGAACCCCUUCCGAAGGACUAAGAAUGAGGGUAAGAAGAGGAACUGAGGACUGCACUCUGUACCGGCAGGUGUAGGGAGUGAGCUAGUGCCUGCUGAUCAGGUGGCUAACACUGUUUAGGCCAGGGGCUUCUUUGUCAUUUCUAGUCUACUAUGAGUGAACUACACUAGAAGUGGACUUUUGCAUACUUUCCAGUUUCACAGGGUUUAAAAAUGAUUCAUUUUAUUUCAGUUUUUUUUUUCGUUUUGAUUAUUUUCUUUGAUAUUUCAGCGACAUGACACGUGUUUUAUAUUAUUAGCAUUUUGCAAGUUUACAUUUCAUUCUACUUAAAGUCUACUUUACAUUACUCAAUUGUGUGUGCGUGCGCAUGUGCGUGGUGUGUGUGUGUGUGUUUUCCCGACAGUUUCCAGUUUGGCUCUUCCAUUUCCACCAUCCGCCAUGUGACUGUAAAAAUGUGAUGUUCUGAUUUCACAAAAUGAAGGAUUCAUCCCCCCCUUAAACCUUGGUAUAGGUUGAUGUUGAUUAACAGCUAAAAUUGACAUAAAUCCUUUGGGAAUUUGGAUCCCUAUUUGAGUUUGUUUCAAACUGUUGUAUCGUUGACCUGUGGCCUAAUGGCCCAGGAUGUGUUUCUCUAAAAGAAACACAGUGUCACCAUCAUUCAUUUAAAAAAUAAAAAAACGAACAAAUACACAAAACAAGUCUAUUGUUCGACCCUAACUUUUACAUUUAUCUUUUACUUAUUUUCCCCCAUUGCCAUUUUCAAGUACCUCCAAAUAUAUUAGAGAUUACAUUAUUGUGCGAGGCUGUUUGAUUUGUACUGUUUCAGGCAUUUUCAUUGAAUUUAAUAUUUUUUCUGCCAAAUGAAUCUGCAUGCAAAGAUUUUCUGUUUAGAUUAGUGGGUUUGGCAUUAUUUUGUGUGUAAAUAGCAAGUUAGGAAAAAGCAAUCAGAUUUUGUUUAGGACAAGAGAAUAUUUGUGUAGUUAACUGUGGAACAAUGUAAAACCUCACUAAUUUGAGAAGAAGUGAAUCAGAAAACAACAUUAUACAGUGGCAUUUACCAUUUCCUUGUUUCACUGCAGAGGUGAAUAUUUCUGUUUUUCUUUCAUUUUUAGGGCAUUUGACUAAAAACGGGGUCAGUGUGAGGGUAAAGCAAAGUCAACUCUUCCUCAGUCUGAGGUUAUGGGACUGCUGAGUGACAAAAAUGUCUGGAUUUCUCUAGCGUGUGUUGUAUUGGGUGGUAAAUGCACAUUGAUGUUCUUGUAGCUUUUGGAUCUGAUAGAAUGAAAAGGCAAUCCCAGGUGUUCUGUCGCCAUUUGCUGCACUCUUUCCAAUUAUUCACUUGCCUCUUCUGAUCCAAGACCUGACUGAAGGGAGGGAAGACGAGAUUUGGUUGUAAGAUCAUCAAACUUCACUGAUUCAGUCAGAUCCAGUGGCACUGUAAGCAUUCUGCUUAACAGCUUGAAGACAUUUAAUUAAAUGGACUUUCUAGAAACGUCAUUGUUUACAUGAAAAUCAGAUAUAAUUUUGUACACAAAGUGUUAUAUAAAGUGUAAAGGUUUAUUUUUAAACUGUUAAAGCUAGCAAAGUAAAAAUGAUCAUUUCAAGUUACUGAAUGUUUUGAUGGGUGUAAGGGUUUUGGAGUGUGUAAUAAUUCCGUAGUGCUUGAAUCUUACUAACAACUGUUGAUUUUUUUUUUUUUUUUUUUGCAAUCUCUAAAUUAUCACUCAUACUUGUUUAAUGGCCUUUUUACUUAUGGAAAAUGAGACAGUCAUUCUGGUCAAACGAGAAUCAUGUGAUACUCAGGCAAGACAUUCUGUGGCAUUUUUUUAUUUAUCAGAUGAAUAUAAAACAUGAAUCUGAAAUAUGAACAUUUCUUAAAAAAAAACAAAACAGAUUCUCAUAUACUUGCUUUAAAUUUUUUGUCACAUCGACUUAAAAGGGAAAACCUCACAUUUUCAACUUUUACAUUUUUCAUUACUAAACCUUUAUGUGGUUGAGGGACAUAUUUAGAAUCAAUGAUCAGGCAGGUUCACUGUGAAUACAUGAAAAAUGUGUGUUUUAAUAUGAAUUCGUACACAAAAAUUUGUGACAUUCCCCUUUAGGAAUUUGUUUAUCCAAAAGUACAUACCCACAAUUACUGUUGGCACCUUUGUAAAAACAUCCCAUUUGAUAAUGUGGUUUUCAAACCACUGAGUAAAUUAAAGAUUUAUAUUUUACAACAUAUAGAACAGUAUUUUUUGGAAGGCAGAAUCACAGUUUAAAGGAAACAAAACUAUGUAUAUUACAUUUGAAUUUUAAGAAAGUUGACAAUUUAAAGUAUUAAGACAGAAAAUAUGCUGAGACAGUGUUUUGUCUACACGUAUUCAUCAUUUGGACAUACAACCUUAAUGUUAUUUUGUGCACAAAAAAAACCAAAAACAUUUUACACGGUUGUGAUAGGUUUCCAAAGAGGCAUUUAUCAAUGUUUGUCAUUGUGAAGUAACAUUAAUGUUAAAAUGGAGUAAGAGAUCAGUGUGCCACUAAAUGAGCAGAUGAUACAUAACAAUGUAAAAUCCACUAGUGAUAUGAUAUAAAAUUGACAAAUUGUGAUUUAUCUCAUUCGCCAAACCUGACUGUAGCAUCAUAAGAAUACUGAAUAUUAAAUAGCAAAUAUGUGAUCAAAAAACAA